ACAAUCAUUCGGCAGUCAGCAGUCAGAAGCAGUUGACGAAUAUGUGCUUUUUCGUUUCCUUCUGGUGAACCCCAGACCCAGCAGUGACAAUAUUUUGAGGAUUUUUGUGAAUAUUUUGUAGAUGUUUGAAUGAAAAUCGGUGCUAAUCGUGAAGAAGAGUAGUUUGUCGCACAACAAGUGGAUAAGUUCAGUGAAUUUUGGGAAAGAAGGAAUUUACCGGGAAUAAGAAGUGCGCUCGAAUCGAGCGUCAGAGCAGCAGGAGAAAUCGCCCAGGCGUGUCCCGUACGUUCAAGGAAGUGUAGUGUGCUCAUGUAAAAGUGGACUACCGCACUGAAGUGCAAGAAGGGUUGGUGGAAUCGAUCCAAGCGAGUGCCCCUGGUCAGAACCAGUAGGUUUUGGCAAUUGGAAGGAAUAUUCACCGAGCCCGAUUCCAGUGGACUAUGGAUCUGUAUAGUUCCGAGGAUGCCAGCAGAUCGUCAACGUUGGACAUUACAGAAAACCGAAGCAGAAACAGCCGGAAGCGAAAAUAUACCUCGGAUGAUCAGGACAUAGAAAACCAGCGUCCGAGCAAAAGGCAUGGAGGUGAUCGACGGCUUUCUCCGAUUGCGGCCGCAUCGGCUCCGUCGGUGCCGGUUCCAAGUGUGGCCAGCUCGGCCGCGUCCAGCAACAGUGUCAUCAGCAUCAACAUCGGGAGCAGCGAGUUUACCUCCGACACGCAAAGUUCAUCGGAUUGCUACUCAACGACGGCAGAAUUUGACAUAUUCCCACUGGCCAGCCCGACCUCAGUCAACAGCAACAUCCUCAGCCCGUCAUGUGAUGUGUCCCGCGGGAGCUGGCAUACCAAGGGAGACACCACGCCGCAUGCCAACAGGAAGUCCCAGCGGCACGGUGACAAUAGUAGCAAUAGUUCCAGUAAAUCAACAUCCCAUAUGCCCGCCCUAUCUUGUUGUGUAACUCCAUCGUCGGAUCUGCGAACUUGUCCAUUACCGCAGUUUGCAUGGGCCGACUCCAAGCAGGUUUGGAAACUCAUGUGUCGAAAAGAUGAAAAAGCGUCACUCGAACGAGAACCCAACAUGUUCGACCAACAUCCAGGUCUCCAACCACGAAUGCGUGCAAUCCUACUAGACUGGUUGAUUGAAGUGUGUGAAGUGUAUAAGCUACAUCGGGAAACGUACUAUCUAGCAAUUGAUUACAUCGAUCGGUUUCUAAGCAGGAAAAAGGAACAGAAGAAGACCCAUCUUCAGCUGUUGGGAAUAACGGCUCUGUUCGUGGCCGCAAAGGUCGAAGAAAUCUACCCGCCGAAAAUAGGUGAAUUUGCUUACGUCACCGAUGGUGCCUGCUCAGAAGAAGACAUCCUGCGUGAAGAAUUGCUCCUGCUCAGUGAACUCCAGUGGAGUAUCAACCCGGUGACGGUAAUGGGCUGGCUCGGGACGUACAUGCAAGUUAACGUUACCAGCCGCCAGAUGGAGAUGCAUCCAAUCGGGGCUAGUCGGAAACAGCAGAAUGUAUCCGCCAAGUCUCAGUCGAAUGAGUCCUUUGUGUAUCCGCAAUUUUCCGGCAUGGAAUUUGCCCAAACGGCACAACUCAUUGACCUUUGCUCGCUGGACGUCGGUCUGGCAAAUUUUCCCUACUCUGUGAUUGCUGCUGCUGCCGUUAGUCAUACUUUUGAUAGAAAAACUGCCACCAGCGUGUCUGGUUUGGACUGGGAUGUGAUUGCCCCAUGCGCCAAAUGGAUGGAACCGUACUUUCUAGUGAUCUGCGACGAGAACGAAGUGUCUCCGCUCGUGCUACUCGAGUCCAACGAACAGGUUAAGGGUAGUUACGGCUUAGCUCAUGUUUGCCCCAACCUGGUGGCGGACAGUUCGCACAUAAUUCAAACGCACAGUACCUCGUUGGACAUGUUCGAUCGGGCGUCUCUCCGCCGGGAACAUCUCGAAGUAGUGGCCUGUAUCAUACAGCAGGAAGCGUCACCUGCUCCACUAUUGGAUCCUGAGGGUCUGCUAACACCUCCGGCCUCCAGCCGGAAGUCCCUUGAUGGGAACAAUCCUCUUGAGGUAGCGAAUAAACUAGCAAACAAGACUUAAUAGAUUGUAUGUUCCAAGUAAAUUUAAGCUCUAAUGAUAUUUUAAACAGUACCAAAAUUUCUUAUGAAUGUUCCACCAGUGCGAGUUACAUUGCACGGAACUGUAUCGACGAUAGGUUGACAGAUGGCUUUUAUGUUUAUUGACAAUCUACCGUCGAUUCACACUUGCUAGGACAGGUAUAUGUUUAAAAACCCCAAUAGUGCACAUUAUAACCAGUCGACUUAAAUGUUAAAAUGUAUCCAGGAAUAACUCAUCGAAGUAUUAAUAUUUACUGUGCCUUACCCCAGAAAAUAGUACAAAACUCUAAUGUUGAUAAAAAACCCAAAAAGUAAAUUCCAGUCCAAACUAAAACUUCUAACCUACCGACACCAAUAUCCCACUAAAACCUAACACAACUCUGAAACAGCUUCUAACCUCUUAAUGCCAUUCCAAUGAACAUGCAUUCCCCCUCCCAUUAACCAAAACAUUUAAAAAUCUCCACGCUUAUCCCAGUAAUCUGCUAACAUGGAACCCCACACUACCAAGUAACUCUCUCCAUUUUCCCGACUAUUGGAAAAUUAUCAACGUGAGUGAAGGAAAAAAUAUCAUAUAUCAUAUUAAACAAAGGUGAUGAUGCGUUUUUUAUUACUCAUAAUAAUGACACGUAAUAUCUUUUAGAUAACUUCGCUGAUUAGCUGAUGAAAGAAUGUAGAUAAUUGUACAUAAUGUGUGGAAAUGGCACGUUCAAAUCUUACAGUAAGAUCGUAUGUUAAUGAAAGAGAAAAAAGACGCUUAUUAAAAUAAUUUUUGACUGUA